AUGGCCGCCACCCUAACCUACGCCCCCCUCGACGGCUGCGCCUUCGGCCGCGUCGUCACUGGCUUCGACCCAGCCCACCAAACACCCGAAACCAUGUCUGAACUCCAAGACGCACUCUACAAGCACGACAUCCUCGUCUUCCCGCACACCAAACUCACACCAGCCCAACAAGCAGCCAUGACCCGCAGCUUUGACCCCACCGCCCAAUCGUACGGGCACGGGAACAACAAGACGGGUAAGGAAACCAAGUCGAUCCUACACCCCGACCUCAAGACUAUCCCCCACCAGCCGGAGGUGCAGCUUAUCGGCCAUGGACAGGUGCCGGGUGCUUAUGAGGGUCUUGACCAGCCCAAACUCAAGCACCCGCACCACGCGACAUUCCACGCGACAAAGGUGUCAGACGAAGACGAAGCCAAGGGCACGACCCGCUUCUACCGCUGGCACAUCGAUGCGGCGUUGUACAAGCUCUCCCCGCCCAAGGUGACCACGCUCUACGCCGUCAAGGUUCCCAAGGGUCCAGCCCAGACGCUGCGUUACGACGACGGCUCGGGCGACGAGAUCAAGGUUGCUCCUGGCGCGACGGCGUUUGUGUCCGGCACGUCGAUGUUUGAGCAGCUCCCACCCGCGCUCAAGUCGCUCGCCGUUCGCACAAAGGUCAAGUACGCGCCGCACCCUUACGUGUGGAUGAGCAGUGCACGGGCGCGUCCAACGGGCCUUGGUCUCGAGACUGAAGGCCGCGAGCUGCCACUCGACCAGCUGCCACCGUGGGUCGAGGAGGAGAUCAAAACGCUCCCGAUGCUGUGGAAGAACCCCGUCACCGGUGCUCUCGCACUCCAGGUACAUCCCUGCGGCGCGAUGGAGCUGCACAUUGCCCAGCAGGAGGGAGCAGAGCUGUUCCCCGAGGGUGCGACUAUCACUGACCUCGGCGAGGUGCGUGACUGGCUCGAAAAGCUGCAGCGGCCGGGGAUCGCACCCGCCAACGUUUACGCGGUCGACUGGAGUGAGGGCGACCUGGUGCUGUUUCACAACCGCGGGCUCCUGCACUCUGUGACGGGCGCGUUUGGGGACAACGACCUGCGCAUGUUCCACCAGUGCAACCUCGCUGCCAGCUCUGACCCAGUUGGUCCGGAUGCAGAGGACGUGGCCAAGUACGCUUGA